ACUUCAAGAUAAACGGCAGAUGUUUCAUAUAUUUUAAAUUUUUCUGUCGAUUGUUAAUAUGAAAGUAAUAACCAAAAAAUCACUAAUAUUUUAAUAAAAUAUACUAAAAAAAAAGUACUUUUUUCGUCUGUUAUUGUUACACAGAUGUGUAUUUAACGUACAAAUUAGUAACAAAAUGCCAAGAAGACAAAUCAAACGUUAUUCCGACUUUUAACUAGAAUGUAUUGCUGAUGUUGCAUUAACAGUUGCAAUGAAGUGUGUUAUACCAAAACAAAAUUUAAAAAUCUUAUCACGGGCCUUGAAUACAAUGUGCCGUAUUGGUGAAGAUUUAUAUAUAGAGCCAAAUUCAACUCAACUAAUAUUUCAUACGACCAAUAGUUGGCAUACGGUUUAUGCAUGGUUCACAUUUGAUUCAACAUUUUUCUCCAGUUACUAUUUUACUCAGGAGGACGAGCAAAACAGUGAAAGUUCUUUAAAAUGCAAAAUAUCACUCAAGUCCUGUAUUACAAUAUUUAAAUCUCCUCAUCUUGCUCGUUGCUUGGAAUCAUGCCAUAUGGAAAUCAAUAGCAAUGCGGAUAAUAUAACCAUACAGCUACGUUAUUCUAAUUUUUGUAUCAAAACACAUUUAAUUCCAGUACUAGAAUACUCAGCAUUACAAGUUAACCAAAAUGUUGAAUCAUCUUACAUGUUAUGCAUAGAUUCUAAAGUGCUAUCAGCUGCUGUUAAACAUUUUCAAAAUAAUGAAACUGACAUUACAAUGGAAGUAACUUCUGAAAAAGUAUUGUUGAGAAGCCACCCAGAAUCUUGCAGAGAUCUUAGAAAAAUGUUGAGGACUGAAUUAAGCUUACAAUCUUCAGAAUUUGAAAUUUACGACGUUGGCGAUGGAAACUGUGUGACAUUUUGCCUGAAAGAAGUACGACCAUUAUUAGCUUUUGCUGAACACAUUUCUUUGCCAAUGUCUAUUCGUUUCAGUUCUCCAGGAAUGCCAAUGGUAUUUGGACUUAAAAAUGGAUUAACAUUUGAAGGUCAAUAUAUUUUAUCAACAAUGACUGAUAACAAUGCGCUCUCCGGAAAUGCCGAAUCAUUACCUUUACGAUUGAACAUAAACACAAUUGAAAACACUCAGAGUAGCGAUGGACGUCACGGAAACAAUGUGCACAACAAUCCCCAAACGGCGUCGGCUAACUCGUGCUUACGCACACCAAUGCGAGUCCAAGUAGAGUACCCAGAUAGUAUAUCGAGGAAGCGUCGAAUUCAAUCCAGUAGUGAACAACCUUCAAAAAAAUUCAACCAAAGUUCAACGUCUGUAAUUGAACAAUUUAGACAAGAUUGUUGCAUGGAAGACGAUGAUAUUUUAUCUCAAGUCGUUGAUUUUCCGACAAAUGAUGUACCUAGCACGACUGGUAUAAAUGAAGAAAAUCUGACUCUUGGUCUGUCCGAUACAGGCCAUGUAUUUGCAAGGUGCUUAACAUUACCAGUGCAAAAAUCGCCGAAAAAAGGAAAAGUAAUAGUUUAUGAUUCGGAUGGACUUGUAAGUGAUUCUGAGUAAAGUAUUUUAAGUGUAUUAUAAUUUAAAUAAAAAUUUAUUUAGUAUGUUAAACAAUUCUUUGUUAUUCUUUGGUUACUUAUACAAAAAAGUUUUUUGUUCCUCUUGUAUGUAAUAAUGAUAUUUUUGUAAAGAAAAAAAAUAGUAUAACGCUAUGCUUAAAUUGUAUAUUGUUUGAUGUUUAAAUUACUUUAUUUUUAUAAGUAAAAAGUCAAUGUUAAAUUAUAAACUAUUUGAAAUUAUUGUGUUGAAACUUGUAA